AUGUGUGUUACAGAUAGUAAUUUCGUACUGGAUAGUAAUUUCGUGCUGGAUAGUAAUUUCGUGCUGGGUAACGCCCAAGUGCCGUCGGUCUACCCGAUCGUGUACUGCACAGUAUAUAGUAAUUUCGUGCUGGGUAACGCCCAAGUGCCGUCGGUCUACCCGAUCGUGUACUGCUCAGAUGGAUUCUGCGAGCUCACUGGAUUCGCCAGGGCCCAGAUCAUGCAGAAGGGGUGCGCCUGCAAGUUCCUCCACGGGCCGGACACCAUGGACGAACACAAGCUGCAGAUCGACAAGGCGCUGGAGUGCAAGACGGAGCUCAAACUGGAAGUCAUCUUCUACAAGAAGAAUGGAACGCCGUUCUGGUGCUUGCUGGACAUUGUUCCCAUCAAGAACGAGAAGAGGGAGGUGGUCCUGUUCCUGGCGUCCCACAAGGAUAUCACACACACCAAAAUGGCAGACUGUGAUCUCUACGAUAGUGACGCCAACGGUAACCUUGAUCCAGAGGCCCCUCCAGCCAACUACGGCAGACGACGCAGUAGAGCUGUGCUCUACCAACUGUCCGGGCACUACAAGCAAGACAAGAUCAAAACCAAACUCAAACUCAACAAUACGCUGCUCCAGGCUUCGAACGCUCCACUCCCCGAGUAUAAGACGUCCGCCCUCAAGAAAUCCCGCUUCGUGCUGUCCCAUUACGGCGUGUUCAAGACCUGCUGGGAUUGGCUGAUUCUGAUCGCCACGUUCUACGUAGCCAUAGUGGUCCCCUACAACGCCAGCUUCGUCAACACCGACCGUCCUUCCAUGGUCAGUGAUGUCGUCGUCGAGGCGCUCUUUAUUGUAGAUAUUUUACUGAAUUUUCGCACAACAUUUGUGAACCGCAAAGGCGAAGUGGUGUCUAUCUCCAGCUCUAUCGCUCUUCACUAUCUCAAGGGUUGGUUUGUGGUGGACCUCCUGGCUGCCCUGCCCUUUGACCUACUCUACGCCUCUGAUGUUUACAGCGGAGAGGAGUCGGGUCACGGACAUAUCCACCUGCUCAAGCUGACGCGGCUGCUCCGGCUCGCGCGAUUGCUGCAGAAGAUGGACCGCUACUCUCAGUACAGUGCAGCAAUACUCACGCUACUCAUGUUCUCCUUCACUCUCGUCGCACACUGGCUCGCAUGCAUCUGGUUCGUCAUUGCUGAGAAAGAACGGACCAGAAAUGACAAAGACUGGGAUCUCAGCUGGAUCCACACACUGGCAGAGAAACUGAAGGUGGACAUCCAGAAUGUUUCUCACUCAGAGUCGUACAUCACCGCACUGUAUUUCACCUGCUCUAGUCUAACCAGUGUAGGCUUCGGCAACGUCUCAGCCAACACUAGUAGUGAGAAGAUCUUCAGCAUCGUCACCAUGCUCAUCGGAGCCUUGAUGCACGCCGUAGUGUUCGGUAACGUAACAGCCAUCAUCCAGCGGAUGUACUCACGUCGUUCACUCUACCAGACCAAGUGGCGGGACCUCAAGGACUUCCUGACGCUCCACCAGAUCCCUAAGGAGCUCAAGCAGCGCAUGCAGGACUACUUCCAGACAAUGUGGUCCCUCAACCACGGCAUAGACAUUCAUGAGGUGAGAGAGACACUGAAAGAGUUCCCAGAGGAAUUGCGAGGUGAUGUGUCAAUGCACCUGCACCGGGAGAUCCUUCAACUCCCGAUAUUUGAAGGGGCAUCACAGGGCUGUCUCAAGCUGCUUUCUCUUCACAUCCGCACCAACUUCUGUGCUCCCGGAGAGUAUCUGAUACAUAAGGGAGAUGCUCUCGGCUCCAUCUACUAUCUCUGUAACGGCUCUAUGGAAGUCGUCCAGAACGAAAUGGUUGUUGCCAUUUUAGGGAAGGGGGAUCUGGUAGGAUGUGACAUCAGCAUGUACUUGUCGACGGGAGAGAACGGGGGAAAGUGUCCAGGCGGACCAGCUCCCGACGUGGUGGUCAAGUCGAGUUGCGAUGUGAAAGCACUCACCUACUGUGACCUCAAGUGUAUCAACAUGCAGGGACUUGUAGAUGUCCUUCGUCUCUACCCCGAGUACCAGCAGGAGUUUGCCAAUGACAUCCAGCACGAUCUCACGUACAACCUCCGCGAGGGUUAUGAGAUUGAGCAAGAGUCGGAGAUGAACGGAGUGCCUUCGCUGACCCUCCCCUCCAUCAGUGAGGAUGAUGAGAAUGUGCCAGAGGAGGGGGAGACUUCCCCUCUCUCGCCUCCGACCAGAUCUCCCAUGCAUGUAGCUGUCAGUCCAAGGCAUGCCAAGUUUAACUCCAGGCUGGAGAGAAGGAUAGUAGAGAAGGACAUCGGGAGGAAUAACGUGGACCGUUUGGACACUCAGGUGACAUUCCUACAUCAACAUGUUGCAAAUCUCAGUCAAGAGGUACGAAAUGCCAUCAAUGCAUUGCAAGAGUUGGCAACUACGAGUAACACUGUGGCCAACAACCGGUUUCCAUUCCCGCUGCCUGCACAUUCCAACCCGAACCUGCCACACGUACGUGGGAGUGACAUCCCUUUACCCCGAAGUUCCUCGCACCCCCCGGACAUGUUCUGCUGGGAGGAUGAGGGUGACGCAGGAGCCGACCGGUCCGUCACUGACGCCCACACACAGACAGAUCUCCCUCUGGAGUACUUCCGCCAGUUCGUGAUUGACAACCGUCGGACAGUUUUGCAGUGGCUGGAAUCCACUGCAGAGACUGAGACGAGUGUUUGUGUUUUCCGUGAGAGAGAGACGAGAGACAACCGUCACAGUAAGCCCCCCGAUUGGCUGACCGAGCCCCUCCCACCUCCUGCCUCCUGGAACACCCACCACCACCGUUUCAGCGCAGGAGAUGUCAUAGAACGAUCCUCUCACGUCUACCAACCCUUGCCUUCCUCUCGUUCUCUCAAGUUCCAUCCAUACAGCUGAACAAUUACGAUCCAGUCAUAUCAUCCAGCAGUAUUAUAAGUAUAGUGGAGAGUUUUAUAAGACUAUAUUGCGAAAAUUAACUAUUUUCAUAUCAUUCCUAUUUCUUGAUAUUUAAGGUUUAUUAGCUUACUCAGAAGUGAUCAGUGUUUGUUAUACUUUAAAGUUAAUCUGUUGUAAAUAUGUAAAGUGUCUAAGGUCUUAGUUAAAGUCAAUUUAUGAAUCUGAGUAACUUUGUCAUAAUAGUUAUAUCUCAGAGUUUAUGUAUUUAAAAUAUCAAGUUGAAUUUUUCAUGGAUAUUUGUUGUUAAAAUUGAGAAAAUGUGUGUGGCCAAGUAGUUUUUGCAUUAUAUAUUUUUAAUCAACUAUUUCAGAUUAUAUUGUUUGUAAAGAUAUAUUUAAAUUACUAUAAUUAAAAUAUUUUUAAGAGAUCGAUGGUAUUUAAGCAAUAAAAAUAAUCCUUACAUAUGUAUUUAUACAAACCUCCUUGAAAAGCCUUGUACAUAUUAUAUUGGUAAUUUACCACACCAAAAGAAAACUGCAUAUUUUUUCUCAAUUUUUAAAUAAUUUCAGAACUUUUGAUUCACUUUCUUUAAAUAAAAAGUACAAGUAAAGUUAUAAUAACUGAAACAAAACCUGAAUUGCAUGAUUUCGGCAAUUUUGCAGAGUUUCAGACUAUCUAACUAUUUAUAUUCAAAAGGAAACUAUUCAACAAAACACGGGGAAAAGUUGGAUCACAUCAGAAUGUAAUUUUAUCCAGACUUAAUCCAAGUCAAAGUUUGCAGCACUGAUGCAAAUUUGACCAAAAAUCAGAUCUUCCAAUAAUGGGAUUUAUUGAUUUAUUUUGAAAUGUCCAAAAUUAGCUUCCAAAUUGUUUAUUAAAAUAAUGAUAAAAAUGUCCAUGCAGGAAAAUUCUCCGGUUUAAAGAUGAUCAAUGAUUCAAGAGCAUACAAAGUCUAGCAAAUUUCUUUGUGGAAGUAAGAAAUUGAAUAUUUGAUUGAUGUCAUAAACAUAUAAAGAAACUUUCACAUACUAUAAUUAUUGUGUAUAAAAAAAACUAUGAAAUGCUCUUUCAUGAGAAAUAGCAGUCUUAACUGUCAUACUUAAAAACUGUUUAUAUUCACAUAUAGGUAUUUCAAUAUACUUUAUUCAAUUCCUUAACAAUUUAAGCAAAUUUUGAUUUCUGCCAUUGCAUCUUGUGCCACUUCAAUCUACUUAGAUAAAACAGAACUAAAAAGUACAACUUCACUCUCCAUAUUUAUGAAUGGAAGUUCCAUAAACGUGCAUGAAAGUAACAUAACAGUAUGAUAGGUGUGUUUCAUUUCAUAUAAAAUUAUGAUUCUGUUCAUUUAAUCAGAUCUAAAGCUUAAUAUUUUAAUAUUAUUUUAUAGCAACUCUCAAACUCCUCAAUAAUGUAGAUAGUUUAGUUUCUCCUGUAUUCGUUCUAAAUAAAAAUAACUGUAAUAACUUUAUAAACAUAGUUUUGAUAAAAUUGGUUUAACUUGAAUAGCUAAAGUGUUGUACUUCAUUGUUUCAAAUCAUAAAAGGAGUAUUUUCAACUUUUAAGCUAAUGCUUUCAGGAAUUCCUAAAUUUCUAUUUGUUUCAUUUUAUUUGCACUUUAAAAUGAAUUCUUUACAUUGCGAGUAACAUAUUCAGAACAGAAACAAACUUACAAAACGGGAGAAAGGAAUUAUUUGUAAGACCACUUAUACCUGCAGUACUCGCCAUUAUUUUAUUAAUUCCUCUCAGAUAAGGUGGAGAAGGUAUAUGUUACUACUACGUCAUCCUUCUUGUACUAGUGCAGUUUUAUUGCUGCCUUGGAGAAGUGUCUUGGGACUCAAAAAACCUGUAGGUACUCUAAGAUGAGAUUGUGCACAAUGAAACAUUAUUAUAAGCACAACACACACUGUAUUUUGCACAAUGACACUGUAUUUCUGAGUCAGACAUAACCUCCAAGGUUACUCUCAAUACUUGACCACUUGUAAAUCAAUCUGCACAGGAACUACAAUCAGUUGUGCCAACAAUACUUGAAGAGAAAGAGUAUUGUGCCAUCCCUCGGAAAGAGAAAUUUACCAAGAAUGGUGCAUAAAAGAUUGUUUAAGUACAAUUUAAAUGAGCAGAGUUAUGUUAGUGAAAACACAUCACAGAUUUUAACUGACCAAUGAUUUUCCACUUUGUACCUAAGCCUUCAUGUGAAAAAUAGUUAUAUACUUCCCAUCUUACCUAGCACAAGUGUCUACAAGUGUUUAAAACUUGUUAGCUGUUGUCACAUGCCUUUUGUUUGUUUACAUAGAAGGUAUUUGAAAUUAAAUCUAUAAAAAUAAUAAUUAUUAUUACUGUUUAUAGUCACUUGAUGUUCUGAUUGAAAUUUUAUUGAACACUUGUGUAAAAGACUACCUAUUAAAAGUUUGUUGAUCGAACUUUUUUGAUAGCAAAUGUUUUGAUGGUUAAAUUUAAUUUGUAAAAAUGUACCAUACAUUAGUGAUUCUGCUUAUUAUUCCAUAAGCUAGUUAUUGACUCCUUACAACAUUGUGUAGUUACGGCCUAGACUUGUACAUCUACUGUAUAUACUACUUUGGUGCUAUACUUCGCAACUUGUAAAUAUACCUUUUACCCGUUCCAAGUGGACAGAGAGUUUAUAUUUUAGUAUCGUAAAAACCUUGUAAGUUGUUCAUGAUGUUAGGUCUAUGUUUUUUACACAAUAAAUUUUAUUGUAAAUUUGUACGUUCUAGUGUUUGGACAUUUUUAUUGUUAGAACAUUUGUGAAAACGUUUUGACUGGUAAGAUUUCAGUUAAGUUAUUUACUUUGUUAUUUAGUUUUAUUUAGCUGGCUGUGUUAAUCGUAUUGUUGUAUCGUUGACGUAGUUUAAACAAAAAUGGAAAAGUUUGUUAUUUAUUCCAUUUUGUUUUUAGUGCUAUUCUAAAAUAAUGAAGUGAAAGAUUUGGACGUACAGUGGGAAACAUAAAACCAAACCAUUUUAGUGUUAGUACCAAGUUUAGCUCUCUGGAAGUAAUUUCCAUUACUUGAACCCAAACUGACAUAAAGGUUAUCCCCUCAUCAUUAAGUCAAUAGUAAAUAAUAUUUGUAUUUAAUAAUAAAAACACUGCAUUGUUAACUUGUUAUAAAUACCUCCCAUAAAAUAAUUAAUAUGGGUUUCAUUUCCUAUUCAAAACAUUUUAGAAAUUAAAAAUAUAAUAAUAAUGACCAACAGUAACAGAUCUACAUAACACAGUAAUAGUCAUCACUUUUAACAAAUAUUAACAAACAAUCUUAGUGGUAUUAGCAGAGAAAUAAUAAUUAAUAUACCUAAUAUGGCCAUAAAAAGUUCUAUAACUUAGGUUUUAACAAGUUUCGAGUUAUAAAAUGGCAUUUAUUUCUUAACUUACUGUAAUCACCUUAAAUAAUGAAUUUGUUUAUUUCAGUAAAAAAUUUUUGAACAAAUAUAUAUAUUUGAAUUAAUAUUGUUACUACUUUUAAAUUAAAUAAAAUAAAGAGUAAAAAGAGCGCAAAAA